AUUUGGGCAAAACAGCACCUUGAGUUCUCGGCGAUUUGCCAAAAAGAACACCCGCUCUGUGUGUAUAGACCCCAAGUUGAGCAUCGGCUCUGUGCAAUGCUGCUACUUCUGAUUCGUGCUGGGAUGGCAAGGUUUUGGACAUCUUAGGCCCUUCCGGUGGCCAUUAAGGGGGCAGCCACUUGUCAGUUUGUGUUGCAGACGUGGCGCCUCAACCUCGAGGAGCUCAGAACCACCACGUCACUGUUCUGCUUGGUGCACAAUCUCAGUUGUCGACGUCGUUUCUCUGCAGAUCGCCAGCACCAGCCAUUCUUCACCUAAUGUCUGAACAGAGGUUGCUGUUGUAUUGCUCCUCCUGAGAAUCCAGCAUUCUGGAUCCAAUUUUGAGUCUGCAACAACUAGGAAACCCCAGCUUUGUGAGUCCUACAUUGACAGCCGGUUCUGUAACGUCAAAGAACACCCAGCUUUGCCAAUCCAUCAUGGACAAUGUGGCCCUAGUUCGAGCGGAGCUGGACAAGCACACCACCAGCAAAGAGGAAAGGCAAGAGCUGGAGGCAUGGGCGGACGAUGCUUGCAUCUCCCGAUACUUACGUGCACGUAAAAACAACGUGGCCCAAGCCAUAAAACUUCUUAGGGCAUCCCUCAAGUGGCGGGUGGACUUCUCAGUCGCCUCACUACAUGCGGAAGAAUUCCCAGAUGAGUUUGCAGCAGGCAAGAUGUACGUUGGCGGACGGGACACCCAAGGGAGGCCUGUGCUGAUUACGAGGAAAAAAGCGGACGCGAUCCAAGCUGGUCAGCACGAAAGGUAUCUGCGCCAUCUGGUCUUCACGCUGGAGUCUACCGUCGCCGCAAUGCCACCCGGGGUUGAACAAUGGGUGUGGAUUAUGGACCUCCAAGGUUACUCAAGGGCUAACUCGCCGCCCCUGAGCGUUUCUUAUGCUACCAUGAAGAUCCUUGCCGACCACUACCCCGAACGCUUGAAAACAGCGUUUAUUGUGGACGCUCCGUCCAUCUUCUCGUUUCUUUGGAAGGCGUUGGCCUCGUUCAUUGACCCCGUCACCAAAGAGAAGGUCAAGUUUGUUUACUCCAAGGAUCUCCGACCUGCCGAAGCUCCCGAAGAUGCGUCAGGGGUUGCGCGGGAAGAGGCACCUGCGACUAAGCCAGUCGAACCCUCGAAACCUGAGAGCAAGUCUGUAGACGAUGCUUUCAGCCCUUACGCUUCUUUUUAUCGGACACCCUAUGAUGAAGCAGCAUAUCGGACUUUUUUGACGAAACGUUCUUAGAGUAAGACGGAACUGUUGCAUUAGUGCCGAGACAGAUCGGCCAGUGCAGGAUAUAUAAACUCCUACUUUGUAUGACGAUCGCGACUCAAAGGCCCGGCCCAUGCAAAGCAGGCAUUAUCACAUGCAUGGACUAUUAAUACCGUCG